CGGCACGUGACCCGCCAAAGCUGUAGCCGCGCUGAGAAAUGGCCGCAGCCGCCGCUCCGUCAGCCGCCUGCGGCCCCGCAGUUCCUCUGGCUGAGACUCACCUGUCCCCCGGCGCCCAGAGCGAGCAGUCGGCUGCGGCAGCCGCGCUGCUGAACGGCGCGGCGGUAGUGGCAUCAGGUGGUAAGAGCUGCCGCGCGGAAGCGAAGAGCGGCGGCCGUUGCCAGGCCUCGAAGCAGCGGCGGCGGCGGGAGGAGGACGAGGACGAGGACGACGAGCCGGUGGAGGAGGAUGACGAAGAUGAGGAGGAAGACGACGAGGAGGAAGAGGAUGACGAGGACGACGAAGAAGAGAGCGAACCUGGCGGUCCCCGCAGGGCCCGUGCCCACUCCGCCGGCGGACAGCCCACGUCCCCGAACACGCACCGGCCCCAGGGCCCGGUCCGCGGUCCCCAGCACCAGCAGGCGGCGAACGCGGCGUCCAGAACCGGAGCCAGGGGCGGCCAGCAGCAGCAGCAGCAACAACAGCAACAGCAGCACCAGCGCGGACGGGACGAGACGGCAGCACCGGCCUCCGGCAACAGGAGGCAGAGUUUGGAGAACUCGUCGGACGGCGAGCCGCUCAGCCGCAUGGACUCGGAGGACAGUAUCAGCAGCACCUUAAUGGAUAUGGACAGUACUAUCUCCAGUGGACGCUCUACUCCUGCGCUGAUAAACGGUCAUGGAAGCACUACUUCAGGAAAAAAUAUCACUUACAACUGCUGCUGGGACCAAUGCCAGACCAGUUUCUGCUCCAGUCCAGAUUUGGCAGAUCACAUCCGUUCAAUUCAUGUGGAUGGGCAACGUGGAGGGGUAUUUGUUUGCCUAUGGAAAGGGUGCAAAGUGUACAACACACCAUCUACUAGUCAGAGCUGGUUGCAGAGGCACAUGCUCACACACAGCGGAGACAAGCCAUUUAAGUGUGUUGUUGGUGGUUGCACUGCUAGCUUUGCAUCUCAAGGUGGCCUUGCUCGGCAUGUCCCCACUCACUUUAGCCAACAAAACUCUGCAAAGGUCACUAAUCAGCCGAAGGUCAAAGAGGAGUCCCCUUCUAAAGCAGUAAUGAAUAAACGAAGGAGGCUAAAAAAUAAGCGACGACGUUCAUUACCGCGACCACAUGACUUUUUUGAUGCUCAAACAAUGGAUGCCAUAAGACAUCGUGCCAUCUGCUUUAAUCUGUCGACCCAUAUUGAAAGUCAUGGAAAUGGGCAUAGUGUUGUGUUUCAUAGCACAGUAAUAGCAAGGAGGAAAGAGGAUUCUGGAAAAGUGAAAGUGCUGCUUCACUGGACACCAGAAGACAUUUUGCCUGAUGUAUGGGUGAAUGAAAAUGACAGAUCUCAGCUAAGGACAAAAACAGUUCAUUUAUCAAAAUUACCACAGGAUGCUGCUUUACUACUUGACCCAAACAUAUACCGGAUAGGUUCCUCAGUGAUUCCCUUGUCCAUUCGUGUCUCCCCACUAAUUUCCCUCCUGGCAGAAAUCCCUGCAAGCCACAGAGGUGCUAUAUCUGUCCAUUCACCACCUUCUUCACCUCCAUUCAGGGACAAAGCAGACCUUCCAGGCCGACUGGCUUCCUACAACAUUAUGAACAUGGCUCCAUGGUUGACACAUGACAACUAAACUUCAUAUAAGUCUAGAAGAAGCAGCACAGGACAAUGCCACAGAAGAGGCUGAAAAGGAGGUAAGGUCAGAUCCAGGAACCAAAAUGGUGUUCAAUUUAGCCGCCAAGACUGGGAUAGAAUAUUGCACAUUAGAAUCAGUUGUUCCCCCAGUCUUAACUCGUUAUUGUACUAAAAGCAGAUUUUGGGAGAAUGGAUCUGAACCUUCAGUUGGGUUGGCACUCCACCCUUUUCGACGAUACAAUGGAAAAAAAAACUACAGGGAUGCUUGUUGACAUCUAUUGCGAGAAAGAGCAAUGAGGAACUUUCUCCAGAGACUUGUUUGCUAGCUGCUUCAGGCUUUUAAUCUCAAUUCAGGAUUUCAAUCUUCACAAGGGUUUCCAAACAAAAAACAUGUAGCUCUUUGUUGAAAUGCAGUCAACAUUUUUCCCUGGUUGUUACGUAUGGAGAAAUGCCUCAGUGUAACUGGACGCACUGUAUUGUUUUUGUUCUUUAAUCUGUAUCUUUCAAACAUCUUGAUGGUAAAAGGACACAAGUUUAAGAUACAUGAACAUUUAAACUUGAAAUCAGUCUUUAAAAAUGGAACUGAUCUCAGACAUUGAAAAUGGAUUACUUUCUACCACCAAUUUAGGAUGCCAAUUUUCUGGGGGAGUAAAGGCUGGAAUGUUUUAAUUCAAUGCACCAAAGCUUGCUGCAUAGAAGAUCUUAGAGUCAAAAUUAACCAACUGUUUGCAUAGUUGUUAAUCUUCAUGCUUAUGUAUACACAUGAAAAGAGCCUGUAUUUUUACUUGUACGAAAAUGAGAUUUCUAGAAUAUUCUGUAACAUCCUAGACGUAGUUUCAGAAGGCGUAAAGAGUUGCAUAUAGUUAAUAGUAAAUUGCCUGUAAAUAUUUCUGCAGAUUUGUAAUAUAUUUUUAUACUUUAAAAUGUACUGUAGAUUUUAAUUUUGGUUUAUCUUUUAGGAGCAUGGAAGCAAAUCUUGAAAUGUAUAUAUUAUGGUAGAACAAAUGUUGAAGGAUAAUGUAAUUCAAUUGAACUGGCAGAAUAUCUGUUAACAAACCUUCCUUGGAUCCCAGAAAAAACAGCACCUUUCCUAAUUAUAAGUAUAAAGGGACAUUUGGAGUUUGCUGCAAAUGCCUAAUACUACUGCUAAUGUCUUAAAGUUUUGUUCAGGAUAUAAUCAAAAUGACUUGAAUUGUGUCCUUAAACUGUACAGAAGGCUGGUUUUCAUUGACAAAUGCAGGCUUCUUUAAAAAGGCCUUCUGUAAAGGAUCCUUGUUUCAUUCAGUUGUCAGCCCUUCAUGUAACGUAUCUUCACCCAAGCACUUCAUCUGUAUCCACUGCUUUGUUCUGCGUCUAAAUCAAUGCCACUGCUUUAUCAGCUAUUUUUUUUAUAUAAUAAAGUACCAACUGGAAGGUUUUGUA